AUUCGUACUGCCGUGUUGCCGCAGUAGAUUAUAAUUUGUGCGGGCGAAGGAGCGGAGGUGUGUGAACUUCGUUUCUGUAUAAGCAAGCAAGCAAGCAAGCAAGCAAGCAAGCUUCUCCUGGCAAUAAAUUAAAAUGUCGGCAUUUUCGGAGGUUGCUUUAGAGAAAAAACUAUCAGAGCUCAGUAAUUCACAGCAAAGCGUUCAGACUUUGUCUUUAUGGUUAAUUCAUCACCGAAAACAUUCAAAAACCAUCGUAACCGUGUGGAUCCAGGAACUCAAGAAAGCCAAGGUCUCGAGAAAGCUGACCUUCCUCUACCUAGCCAAUGAUGUCAUCCAGAACAGUAAAAGAAAAGGCCCUGAAUUUACAAAGGAUUUUGCACCAGUUAUAGUUGAUGCCUUUAAGCAUGUUGCAAGUGCCAGUGAUGAGGGAUCCAAGAAGCACCUGGAAAGAGUAUUCUCGAUUUGGCAGGAAAGGGCGGUUUAUGAGAAUGACCUGCUUGACCAACUCAAAGAUGUCCUGCAAGGUGGUAAGAAGCCGAAGAAGCGCCCCUAUGAAGAGAUUAAGGUGAAGGAAGAUGAUUAUCCCUGCCCGAGCUCUCCUGCAGACUCUCCCCAGACUGUCGAAAUCAUCAAAGCUUUGCAGGAGCUUGAGAAUGCAGCCUCGGGGGAUGCUGCUGUUCGCAAGAAGAUCUCCUCCCUGCCCCUGGAGGUUCAGGAUGCUUCCUUGCUGGACAGAAUAACAGAUAAAGAGUCCGGGGAGCGGCUCUCCAGAAUGGUGGACGAUGCCUGUCUGCUUCUGGCAGACUAUAACGGGAGGCUGGCAGCUGAGAUAGAUGAUCGGAAGCAGCUGACCCGAACACUCACAGAUUUCCUGCGCACUCAAAAAGAAAUCCUAACAGAAAAAGAACAGAAACUAGAAGAGUAUAAACAGAAACUGGCCAAGGUGUCUCAAGUACGCAAAGAGCUCAGAUCCCAAAUUGGCAAUCUUCCAGACCUCUCUCUGCUUCCAAAUGUGACAGGGGGGCCCCUGCACUUGCCCUCCUCAGGGGACUUCUACACUGCAGACUGAUAUGCUGGACCCCGUCUUCAUCCUCUCAAUACCACACUGCUGUCCUGAGCUAGGAUAGCAGUGCACUUCUACACUGCAGACUGACAUGCUGGACCCCGUCUCUUCAUCCUCUCAAUACCACACUGCUGUCCUGAGCUAGGAUAGCAGUGCACUUCUACACUGCAGACUGACAUGCUGGACCCCGUCUCUUCAUCCUCUCAAUACCACACUGCUGUCCUGAGCUAGGAUAGCAGUACACUUCUACAAAGCAGACUGACAUGUUGGACCCCGUCUCUUCAUCCUCUCAAUACCACACUGCUGUCCUGAGCUAGGAUAGGUCAAUUAGAUAUUGUGAUAUUAUUUUUGUAUCUUAUGAGAGUGGAAUUAAUAAUGAUAAAAAUAGAAAAUGUAUAUGAUGUGUUCCUACAAAAAUACAAUUAACUAUAUCAUUUCGCACUCAACUGCAGUGUGUUUUUUUCGUUGUUAUUUCUGUCAUCCUGGCACGCCCAUGUGUAUUUGUUGAGUUUAAGCCAAUACAUUCAAAUGAUAGAAUUGUUUUACUGACUAUUGUUGACAGUUGUUAACGGUUCUGGAGUCAGGCUAUAGAAAUGUAUUGAUUUUUUUUUUUCUUUUAAAGGACUGAUGAAACAGAUAAAGAAAUUGUCUGGGAA